AUGCUGGACGGCCUGAAGAUGGAGGAGAACUUCCCGAGCGCCAUCGAGACCUCGGCCUCCUUCUCCUCGCUGCUGGGUGAAUGCGUUUCAGCAAAAACAAUCUGCGAGGGCUGUCAGCGGGUCAUCUCGGACAGGUUUCUGCUGCGACUGAACGACAGCUUCUGGCACGAGGAGUGCGUGCAGUGCGCCUCCUGCAAGGAGCCCCUGGAGACCACCUGCUUCUACCGCGACAAGAAGCUGUACUGCAAGUGCGACUACGAGAAGCUGUUUGCUGUCAAAUGCGGGGGCUGCUUCGAGGCCAUCGCGCCCAACGAGUUUGUGAUGCGCGCCCAGAAGACCGUGUACCACCUGGGCUGCUUCUGCUGCUGCGUCUGCGAGCGGCAGCUUCAGAAGGGCGACGAGUUCGUUCUGAAGGACGGGCAGCUGCUGUGCAGAGGGGACUACGAGAAGGAGCGGGAGCUGCUCAGCCUGGUGAGCCCGGCGGCCUCGGACUCAGGCAAAAGUGAUGACGAAGAGAGUCUCUGCAAGUCCGCCCACGGGGCAGGGAAAGGGGCCGCCGAGGACGGCAAGGACCAUAAGCGUCCCAAACGGCCCAGGACCAUCCUGACCACCCAGCAGAGGAGAGCGUUCAAGGCCUCGUUCGAGGUGUCGUCCAAGCCGUGCCGGAAGGUGAGGGAGACGCUGGCUGCGGAGACGGGGCUGAGUGUCCGCGUGGUCCAGGUGUGGUUCCAGAACCAGCGAGCCAAGAUGAAGAAGCUGGCUCGGCGGCAGCAGCAGCAGCAGCAGGAUCAGCAGAGCAGCCAGAGGCUGAGCUCGGCUCAGACCAACGGUGGCGCCGGCGCUGGGCUGGACGGCAUCAUGAACCCCUACACGGCCCUGCCCACCGCGCAGCAGCUCCUGGCCAUCGAGCAGAGCGUCUACAGCUCGGACCCGUUCCGGCAGGGCCUCACUCCGCCCCAGCUGCCAGGAGACCACAUGCACCCUUACGGUGCCGAGCCCCUUUUCCACGACCUGGACAGUGACGACACCUCCCUCAGUAACCUGGGCGACGGCUUCAUGGCCACCUCAGAAGCCGGGCUGCUGCAGCCUGGGGUGGGCAACCCCAUCGACCACCUGUACUCCAUGCAGAAUUCUUACUUCACCUCUUGA